CGUCAAAGUUGUCAAUCGUGUUCGUGAAAAUGCGAAGUCUCAAUCGCGUAGGUCAUGAAAGUAACGUUAAAAGCGAUAAAACACGAAAACCUGCAAAGAACUCCAUACUCCUCUACUUGAAGUGCCAUUUGUUAUUACUGAAAUACUUGGGUCUAUUACCGUUCUAUACUACGCUUAGUGCCUAUGAGAUUGACAUGCCAACCCAACGCUCGAUAUAUAUAAACCGAGCCAUACUUUUGGCUAAAUUUGCGUUGAACAUUUCGCACAUCAAUGUCGUUCUGUCACCCAUAAUACUGCAGCUACUCUUCAAAAGAAGCAAUACGGACGGCAUUGCCAACUUGUUGGACGUGGCCUUUUGUAUGCUCAGUGAUAUCACAAUAACGUGGACCUGUGCCCGUAGUACCACGGAAAUCCUGCUGAUAAUCAAUAGCUUCUUAAGAGUGGACAAGCUACUCGGACAACAUCCAGACUCGCCGGCUGAAAGAAGCUGCGCCACCAAUCAUUUCAAUAGAUAUUUGUUCAUAGUAUUUGGUUACAUUACUCUCGUCAUGAUAGCAUACGUUAAACACACUUUGGACUAUUUCUCCAUGUACUUUUGCGCGUACAUAACCUUCUACCAGCUGGAGAACGCGAUCUCGUGCGGCUUUGUUGUAUUCAUUUCAGCGCUACUGCAUCUACUCACGGAGCGCUUUCAAUACGUAAAUCGGCUGAUCGAGCAAUACACUACUAAAAAUUUGCUACCGAAACGAUAUCCAUACAUGAGCACAACGUCGAUGUUGAGCUUCGACAGAAAUACGAACACGCACGACGAUGUCAAUUUGAGAAUGUUUGCGCAGAAUUCAGCUAUGAUUUAUAGUUUGCACAUCGAUUUGUUGGAUAUUUACAAAAUGGUCAACAAAUAUGCCGGUUUGGGUCUCUUGAUGUUUUUACUGUACGCCUGCUAUGGCUUAUUGUCCUGCGCCUACGAUUGCUUCGUGUGCGAAUGGCAAACGAGCGACGAUUUGUAUUAUGGCAUCUGGACAUUCUCUUGGUUACCUCUCUAUGCGGGAAUUCUAAUACUCUUAGCGACUAACUGCGCGAAGGCUACAAAUCAGGCAAAUAACACGUCGCAAAUACUUGCGAGAGUCUACGGAAAGGGCAAGGCAUAUCAAAAUAUUAUUGACAAGUUUCUUACCAAAAGCAUUAGACAGGAUGUGCACUUCACCGCUUACGGCUUCUUUGUUAUCGAUAAUACAACACUGUUCAAGAUUUCCUCAGCUCUGGUCACUUAUCUAGUGAUACUAAUCCAGUUCAAACAGUUGGAAAAAUCCAAGGAUUAGGGAACUGGUCUAAUGGAAUUGCAUCAAAUUUGGCAUAUAAUUUAUGAUUGCUCAACAAUAAAUAGAAAAUAAAGUUAAAUUAGUACUAAGGAAGCUUACUACUAACAGGUCAAUUGAAAAGUAAAUGGUCUGAUGAUAGCGCUACUAGAAUUGAUCCAUAUGAUUUUUAGUUAGCCCUAACCUUCAAAAGGCGCGUAUAUUCAUUUGACAGUUUUCGGAUUAAGAGUUUGUUAAUUACAUCAUUUUCAGUAAAUCAAAUUUUAUUUUUUUGAAAAAAAAAUGGCUAAAAAGUAUAUUUCAGUUGAAAUGAGCACCGAAGACGGACUAAAAAAAGAGGUUAUUGCUGACGAAAAUAGGAAAGAAGUACACAAAACAAUUUAUCAAUCUGAUUUAACGAUAUCUACUGAACUUAUAUCAUAUCAUAUCACCAAUGUUUAGGUAUGAGAAAGCCCUGCGCAAAGUGGAUACCACGCGAGCUCACUUUUCACCCAAAAAAACGACGAGUUGAUGAUUCGGAGCAGUGCAUGGAGAUGUUUAAGCAUAACAAACCUGCGGUUUAGCGUCGAUAUCUGACAAUGGUUGAAACAUGGCUCCGAUAUUUCACUCCGAAGUCCAUAACGACAGUAAUCUGAGUGGACUGACACGAAGAACCCUGUACAAAGCGUAGGGAAACGUAACAGUUAUUUGGCGAGGUUAUGGCUACUUUUUUUUAUUAGGAGUAUACAUCGAAAGACGGAUCGCGGCACUUUAAUCCGCUUAACCUAACCUAGUCUUAUUUCAUGUCUUUCCUACGGGACCACAGAACUAAUUAUUACUUCAUGGGAGUAUGGCGUCUGUGUUUUGCAAUGCGCAUAGAAUAAUUUGUGUGCCUUGAAGAGAAAGGACCAUCAAGAGCGACUAUUACAUUCAAAUAGAGAGUGUUUUUCACAAAGACAUUGCACUGUGUCCCAAGUCAGUGAAAACACAGAACAUAAAUCGUUAAAUUAUGCUUCGAAUUGCAUCCACCGUAUUCUCCAGAGUUUAUUUCCUGUUCUCAAAUCUCAAAGUAAUGCUCUCUUGGAAGACAUUUUCGUCGAAUGAUGAGGAGAUCGCCGAAGCUGAGGUCUAUUUUAAAGCAAAGGCCAAAUCGUUCUCUCAGAAUGGUAUCAAAAUGCUGGAGGAACUAUGUUGAAUAAUUGAUUAUUUCAUCUUCAUUAUAAAAUCUGUACAAAAUCACGUCUUUAAUAAAGUAUCGGCUUAAAUCGCA